AUGGAUGUCGUUCAAGAAGAACAAGCUACCUUUAGAGAGGAGAUGGACUCUGUCAUAAGCAGAAUUGAGCAGAUCUUUGAGGCUAUACAAGCUCUGGCUAGAAGGGAAGAAGAGGCUCGUGUUGUCGUUGCCGCAAGGAACGACGCUCUAGUUCAAGGGGUUUUGCUCUCCAGUUUUGUUCCACCGCCUGAAAGAACUCAUGUGCCUCCACCUGCACAUAACUCUGGAGUAGCUAAUGGAGUCGCUGCGCAAGGACCUCCAGUGGUCAAUCAAGUGGUCAUUCCUCACACUGAUGAGGAGCUCCAGGACGGGUUUGAAAUGCAGAAUUAUAAUGGAGCUACUCCAAUGGUUAUCCCUACUACUGUCCAGGAUUCUGAGGAUAUCCUGAUGUAUCGUGCGCUGGCCGAAAAGCUAAGAAUCUUGGAAGGACAUAACUCAACCCGAUUGAGUGCCUUGGAGAUGUGUCUGGUCCCAGACAUGGUGAUUCCUAAAAAAUUUAAAACGCCGGAAUUUGAAAAAUACAAAGGCCUCGCAUGUCCUAACAUACAUUUGAAAAUGUAUUGCAGAAAAAUGGUUGUCUAUGCCAAAGAUGAUAAACUCAUGAUCCAUUGCUUUCAGGAUAGUCUAACUAGGGCAUCUUUAGAUUGGUACAUGCAGUUGAAGUGUAAUAACAUCCACACUUGGGAUGAGUUGGCUGAAGCAUUUGCAAAGGAAUAG